AUGGCGCCAGCUGCGAAAAGUGCAACGCCCCAUCGCCAACUAAUCACUUAUGGGAAAUCCUCGGUGGGCCCUAAGUACGAUAUAGGACCCAAAUCGUCGCCUGCUCUGACUCGAACACAAGUCCCAGAGCCCUCGCCAGAAGAACCUCCAAAUCAGGUUUCAACGGCUCAGACCACAGUAGGGGGAGUCAGGAAAACAACUAAGGACGGACAAGGUCAUCGAGGUGCUGGCACGCUUCAAACACCCCGGCUUCCGAAACCGUCCAGGUCGAGUUUGCUACACCAUCGAACACCAAACUAUCGGGGUAGAAAACAAUGGGUUUACGAUAUUGCGUCAUCGGGCGAUGAGCAACUGCAUGAGGAUAAUGAGCCCUGGCGAAAACGUAGAAAGAUAGAAAGUCCGAAGGCUGAAUGGGCUUCGAACGGAUUCGAAGACGCUGCUAUGCCGAACCCAAAACGCUCGACGAAGCGCGAUAUCCGACAUGACAGCUCAGACUCCGACACAAUCACAUUUAAGAAAUCGUCUGUCCCGCCCGGGGAAUCUAACCAAAUCGAAGUUGUUAUUCUGACACCAAAGAAGCCGACAGGGCGGCACCAUGGAUACUCCACCAAAGAGGGAACUAUGGAGUGCGCCAAUGCACUUGAUGCCAACCUGCCUCGUCGUGCUAAAGAUUCAACGACUACAAAUCCUCAAACACACCGCAGUUCGCGCAAAACCUCUGAUUCUCUGUCGCGGCAACAGACUCAGCGGCCUUUGAAGCCUCUUACGACGAAGCUCCUAAGAGCAGGAAAAUCAGAACAAGCUUCCACACCGAAAACAUUUCCGUUGAAUUCAAGGUACAAACCAGCGGCUUCUCAUCCGGUUGCUGCUGAAGUCGGGGGCAAUAAAACGGAGUGCAAUGUAAUUAUGAGUACUACACCGUCGCGGAGAAGGAUCGUAGAUGCUUUGGGUACCACGGCCCGUGGCAGGUCAGAGUCUUCAACAAUUGAAUCCAUAAGUGUUGCCUCCCGUGCCUCAUCCGAGAUAUCUACUGGAUUAUCCGAGGAUUCUACGCCAUCUAUAUCUCAACUUCCGAACGUGUCUCACAGGAUGCAAAUUGAUUCCCAAGCCGAUUCUCCCGAUCAGAGACAGCAGUCCCAGUCCCAGGGAACAACCGGCCCCAAAGCUACCUAUGCUCGACAGAGGUCAUUCCUUUCUGCUAAGAGCAUAACUGAGGAUCUGAUUUUGGACAAUCUGUUCCGGCCCUCUUUUGCUCAGCAGCAUGGGCCCGGCCACGGGACCGGACCUGGCGUUUCGAACCAUGUGGCCUCGAAAUCUACCUGUCCCCUUGCGACCCGAAUUACUGGAGACGAUGAUGAGGGCAACUCCAAUAGGGUAGUCCGAAACAUCUACGAACUACGUCGUGCAGGCGAAAAUGCUAGGUUUGAAGGGAUCGUGGACGCAAUUUUCGAAGACAUUGAAGACCCUAAUUCCUCGGCUUCACGGCGUUACAGUGGACUAAUCCAGCUCUGUACAAAGCUGAUGGAUGACCAAUUCACGCGGCGAUUCUUGGCACAUGUUUUGGAGAAACGGCUUGCAAAACAGGCUGGCAACUUGGACGACGCAAUUUACACGUACCUAAUUGCUUGUGCGUACGGGUUAAUUUUGUCAGCAGGCCCUGUGUCGUCUGUUGUUCUACGUACCUGCUCCACGCAAGUGUUUAGAGUUAUACCCAAGAUGAUAACUGACAAGUCUGAGAUCCUCGACAUCUCAAAAUUCGGGCCCGCUAGAACGUCCAAAGCUGUCCAAGGCUCUCUGCGGGACUUCUGCGAACAGCUAGCCGAAAGUAGAAUUUGGCAUGACGUCAAACCGAAGAAGUGCAUCCCUCAGAUCCUAGCACUACGAUGCAUUGAAAUGGUUGUGCGUCGGUCCCGUGAGAGUGGAGAUAACAUGGACUAUAUGUCUAACGAUGUUCUAUCUCAGUUGGUCAACCUGUUGCUACAGCGUUCGGUGCUUCCAAAACAAGUCCAAGAUGCAAAGACCGACGAUUUCCUAAUCCUCGAGUUGACAUUCUCCAUCUUGGAAUCCUACACGGUUGUUCUAAAUUCCCUCGAACCAAGCCAGGAGAAGUUACUCAAGAGGCUUUCCGGACUUGGACCGCUCCUGUUCCAGCUAUCAUCUCGCUGCUCGCAGCCGUGUUACAGACAGAUCCAGUUACUAGAAAUCCGGCUGAUCUUGAAUCUUACCAAUAAUAAUCCUUCACUCUGCGAAGAUUUUUCGACACCAGAACUGAUACAAGCGCUGAUGGCCAUCGUGAUGUCGAAUUUUGGGCUGGUGUCGGAGGAUUUUGCUGGCGACAGAAGGGACUCUUUGUUAGACGUGGUAAUCUUGGCGCUUGGAACAUUGAUAAAUUUGACCGAAUGGAACGAGACUGCACGACAAUUGAUUUUGAAAACACCAAGUGGCUCGACAACGUUCCUUAACAGGUUGUUACAGCUAUUCAAGGACGGAUGGGAUAAAACUUCCGAGACACACUCCAAUGUGGCGUUUGGUUAUUUAUCUGUGCUUCUGAGCACGGUGUCCCUCGACGACGAGGCGCGAUUACACCUUAGGAACUCCCUCGACGGGAGAAGUGUUGACCGCGUGCUGGCUACUGUUGACGAGUUUCUGCACUACCACCGGAAGGUUGAGAAGGAGCUGCAGGACGGGCAAGGCGAGCAUGAACCGGUGACCGGUUUCACGUGCAGGCUUCAGAGUAUCGUAGACCGGAUCAAGCAAGCGGAAGGGAUCUGUUGA